AUUAGUACAUUAGUGCAGGAUGUCGCAGCAGACUGACUGUGAUUGGCUAGUUGGACUACAAAUCAGUUAACGUCAGGCGUCUCGGCGCGUACAGGAGAUCCUCCUCUAUGGAAUACCGGCCUCGGGCUACGCCCUCGUCCGGUAUAGUCAACAGCCUCGGAGUAUCUCCUGUACCGCCUCGCCGCCUAUCCGUUAACUAAUACGUGGCACACAUCUGAAGGACACUCCCACAUCAGGACCCUUCAAUCUCAUGUGACCCAAUAGAAAGGAUGUCCGAUGAGAUUGAUAUUAGUACCUCAACAGAACCCAUCUCUAGUUAUGCUGGUGUGUUUGCCCGUCUAUGACUGUCUGCAGCACAAACAGAGCCUGCAUUCAAAGAGAUGACCAGAUAGUCUGGUGACCUGGGAGUACUAUGAUGCAGAUCACCUGACACUGCAUCAUAGGGAAUCUACACUGAACUCUGACGAGAAAGGAAAUAAAAGCCCUUCCUGGCUGGACUAAGGAAAGUUAAGCCCAGCAGCUGAGCCAUGACAAUCUAUCUGCUCUACGCUCUUCUUGCUGCUCUCAGUGGUCCUGCUCUGGGCCUGAGGUUGAGUACAAGUGACAAUGUCUUUGAGACUGCACUCAAUGCCACAGUCUUCUUCUACCCAACACUGGAGCACUACAAGACCAUGUACACCCAGUCAGUGGUGGCUGGCCUGCGUUUCACUGCCCCAUUCAACUCGUUCUUCCAUGCCACGACCCUCGCCACACCUGCCUCGAGAACCGUUGUAUCUCCCAAUGUGGACACCCUCUACUCAGUUGCUUGGCUGGAUCUGAGGGCAGAGCCUCUCGUUCUAAGUGUUCCCCGAGUAACCAAUCAGGACAGGGUAACCCCACGCUACUACAGCAUGCAGAUGGUGGACGCUUAUACAUACAACUUUGCUAUCGUCGGAUCUCGAACAACUGGCAACGAUCCCCAACAGUUUAUCAUAGCUGGGCCUAAUUGGAAGGGGCGAACCCAUCAGAGGACUAGAACUCCGAUUAUUCAGUCAAAGACAGAGUAUGUCCUUCUGCUUGGGAGGACAAGGGUCUAUAAUGACUCAGAUGCCCAGUGGGUCACUCAGAACAUACAACCAUUCUACACCCUGACUGGCUACAAGUCAAGGGCACCAUCGCCACAACCUAAAAAUCUCCCACCAUUCCUUCCCCUCAAUAUCAACGAUACGGACCCUAGAGACGGGAGGACGCUCAACAUCUUCGAAAAACCAGAGGUUUUCGCAUUUGUCAACUUCCUACUGGGAUACAUGGACAUGUAUGAUGGAGAUAGAGAAAAGUUUCAGAUGUACUCUCAGAUAGGGGUUGGACCUAACAUCAGCUUCACACCAGUUCUGGGGAACAGGGUCCUGCAUACUUCUAUUCUGUUAGGUGUUCGUGCUGGCUACAGCCUCAUCUUUGACUCAUCUGCUUCAUCCACCACAGUUAACGGGUGGUUAAUUGCAGUCGAUCCCCCUCCUUUUGGUAAUUACUCGGCCAUGGGUGGCCGGGAUUUGAUCCGAGCUGUAUCGGCACACAACGGUCUGUUUGGACAGAGCCCCGAAGAGGCUUAUUAUCCAUCAGCUAGGGUCGACGCAGAGGGAAACCGACUCAACUGCAGUAAUGGAGCCCAAUACACCAUCACCUUCCCUGCCCACCAACCAGAGAUGAACAUAACCAAACCAGGCUUCUGGUCUGUGACUAUGUAUGGACUGGAUGGGUUCCUGGUGGCCAAUGCAAUCAACCGCUAUAAUGUAGGAGACACUACACCAGACCUCUACUAUGACCCGACCAAUGGUUCCCUGACUCUGUACAUACAAACUGCCGAGCCUGAGGAUCGGAACGAGGGGAGGAACUGGCUCCCAGCUCCUGGUGGAGGGUUCUACCUCAUAGCACGGCUCUAUAUUCCAGCCACACUCAGCCCACCUUACAUCCCACCUGGAGGAAGGACCCUGGCACUGGAUUUGUGUCUUGUGACUAAAACAGAGCAUGUUCCUGGAACGUUCACCAAGAGUCCUAAGAUAACAGUCCGCCUGGUGCCAGCACCAGAAUCCAAACCCCCAGGGCCUUGUGCACUCCAGAAGGCAAACUUCAUAAGAUUUUCAUUCAGGAAAGGAGGCCAAGAAGAGUUUCAUCGACUGCUGAAGCAGCAGCUCAGUGCCAAAGAGUGGGAAAAUAAGCUUCCUCCAGCUCCCUCCAAGAGUGGGGGUCUGAGACUGAGGGCUGGUAUUGUGGGGAUAGAGAGGAACAUUGAGAAGAAACAGCAGCAGACUGGCCAGCAGGUCUCCCAGGCUUUCAAAGACCUCGACGCUCUCAUUAACAAGGCCAAGGACAUGGUGAGUCUGGUGAACAAGUUUGCAGCCAAAGUGGAGGAGAAGAAAGGAGCCCUCUCAGAGGAUGAGACCGUACAGUUCAAGGCCUAUCUACUGAGUGUGGGCAUUGCCAAUCCCGUCACCAAAGAUACUCAUGGUUCGGGCUCAAACUACCACAAGGAGCUCUCAAAACAGCUGGCAUCAUUCCUUGAUGCACCUCUAAAGGAAGCAGGAGGGAUUAUGACACUGGCUGACGUGUACUGCAGGUUCAACAGAGCCAGAGGCAUGGAGCUGGUGUCCCCUGAGGACCUUGUCAAUGCCUGCAACCUCUUUGAAUCCCUUCGACUUCCUCUCAGAGUGAGAAAGUUUGAGAGUGGAGUUCUGGUGGUUCAGAGUCUCACCCAUGACGAGUCCUCCUUCAUCACACACACUCUGGACACGCUGGAGAGGGAAGGAAGUCUGAGUGCUGAGGAGCUCUCUGGACUAGCCAAGGUCUCUAUCACUCUCGCCACUGAGAGGCUACUCAUCACAGAGAAAGCAGGGAAGGCAUGUCGAGAUGACUCGGUUGAAGGACUGCGUUUUUAUCCCAACAGAUUUCUAACUGAAGUCUCAUAA